UUAUGUAGGCCAAGAGCCACAAUAACUAUGCAAGAGAACCAAAACAGCAGUGGAUUCAUUCUCCAGGGUUUCUCAGAUUAUCCAGACAUGCAGAUUCCAUUGUUCUGCCUGUUUCUCCUGAUCUAUCUCCUUACUUUACAGGGAAAUGUACUUAUCCUAAUAGUGAUUUACCAAACCUCCUCAUUGCACAUUCCUAUGUACUUCUUCCUAUGCAAUCUUGCAUUUAUAGAUCUCUGUGCCUCUUCUGUUUCUCAGCCUAAACUUCUUUCUAUUCUCUUAAGAGGGGACGGUGCAAUUUCUUUUAGUGGCUGCAUGAUCCAGAUGUACUGCUUUUUAUCUUUGACAUGUGCCGAAUUUGUCUCAUUGACUGUCAUGGCGUAUGAUCGCUAUGUUGCUAUUUGUUACCCUUUGAGGUAUUUGAUUGUCAUGAAUAAAAGGGUUUGUGUUAUAUUGGUCAUUUUUUGCUGGAUGUUUAGUUUUGCAGAACCAAUGUCACACACUUUGCUCAUAUCACAUUUACCUUUCUGCAGAUCACGGACAUUAGACCAUUUCUUUUGUGAUCCUUCAAUAUUAUUAAACCUGUCUUGUGCAAACACCUUUUCUAUUGAGUUGUUGACAUAUGUGUUGGGCUCCUUGGUAGGACUUCCUGCAUUUGCACUUAUAAUAGUCUCUUAUACCUACAUCAUUUCCACUAUUGUCAAGAUUCGUUCUACUACAGGAAGGGAGAAAGCUUUCUCUACUUGUACCUCCCACCUCACUGUGGUCAUUGUCUUCUAUGGAACCACACUCAUUACUUAUAUGCAGCCUAAAUCUCAGUAUUCAUCUACAUUAUCAAAACCAUUUUCCUUUCUCUACACUGCCCUGGUACCACUAAUAAACCCUUUUAUAUACGCUUUACGAAACAAAGAUAUUAAACAACAAAUUUUCAACAAAAUAGAAUUCCAAAGGGGUCAUUGCCAACAGGCAGACACAUUGAUGAAUGCAAAUAUGCGCUACAAAAUGCAUUUCUAG